UGUUGUUGACACUGAAAACAGGCUAUGAAAAGGGGCAAUUUAGUUAGGCUAGAUUUUCUUUAAUAUCUAUUAAUGUGAGUGUGGCGAGGGUAUUUUCAUUUCUAUUAGCGCGAACAAGGUUCAGAUUUGUUAUGGUCUAUUUUCGACAGAUACACUGACUAUUUGUUAGGCACAGUUCUGCUUUGAUAGCCUGCCCUUAGUGCUGUAACUCUGGGAAAGCGUGUUGACCAUUGUUAUAUCUGACCCAUAUACUGAAAUACGGAGCAGUUGUCCGAGAUUCUCUAAACAGCAGGGCUACAGACAGUCGAAAACCAGACCUUUUAUUUACAUCAAUAGUGAUUUAGAAGGUUCGGCUGUAAGCUGCAUUCACUGAAGUCUCUGGAAUCAGAGUUUAGCCAGCUGUGUACAUAGUAGGAUGUAUGUGCCUGCCCAGCCACUGUAGCCCUGGAUUGCUAAGCUGUCUCCAGUAUUAGUAGAGCGCCUCCUCCUCUCUGUCAGCAUCUGUAGCAGGGAAUACAGCCACUGUGUUACUGUAACACAGAUAAUCUGCAUCCUUAGUACAGCUGAUUUGAUCUGACAAAACUGGUGUGUGUUAACAGUGAUUAUCACUCAACACAGUCCUCCAAUCAGGCUGGCCUACAACAGUAGAAGAUUUUUAUCCAGGUUUUUUCAUCAGUUGGCAUUGACAGUACAGUGCCCUAACUGAUAUAUUGUACCCUACAUCGUGGUGACUGAGAGUUAGCGCUCUCUUCAAUUGGUGUCUCCUCAAUUCACACAGAUUUGGAGAAAAAAAAAUCUUGGAGAAAAAAAAUUAUGGCAGAACAAGGGACUACAUACACAGAACCUAUGGUGGAUCAGGUGGACCAUAACGACCCUGCUUCUAAAAACAAAUUUAAGGCAAACUUCAACAGAUUGAGAAAGAGCAAUGUUGGAAAACGCUUUAAAAAGGCAGGAUCAUGGGGGAAAGACAACCUGCUGCUCAUUCUCACGAUAGCUGGGGUAGUGAUGGGACUCAUCCUCGGCUUCGCCCUCAGAGUCGUAGAACCAUCAGACCAAGCCAAGAUGUUGAUUGCAUUCCCUGGAGACAUCCUGAUGCGGAUGCUGAAAAUGUUGAUUCUUCCUCUCAUUGUGUCGUGCAUGAUAACAGGAUUGGCGUCCAUUGAUGCCAAGUCGAGCGGUCGUAUGGGUCUCCGUGCCAUUGUUUACUACUUUGGGACAACGUUCACUGCCAUCAUCUUGGGUAUCAUCCUGGUUGUGUCCAUCCACCCCGGCGACAAGAACCUCAUGCCCCCAGAUGAGGGGGGACCAUCCAAGGGUGACGAUAGGGUCAGCUCCCUCGACGCAUUCCUCGACCUCAUCAGAAAUGUUUUCCCGACAAAUUUGAUACAAGCCGGCUUUGCUCACACACGUACAAAAUAUGUUGAUGUAGAAAAAAACGCCACCCAGUCAUUACUGGUACGGACUGCAGACCUUGUCCAACUCAACAUUUCAAAGGAAAAUGUCAACAAAACCCUGGCCAUGUCACUCAAUGCAGCUGUUGUUAAUAUAACCAAUAAAAAUCUCUCCGAAUAUUCAGAAGUCAAAGUGAAAAUUGCCAGAAUUGUUGUAGAGAGACAGCUACCGUUCAAUGAUGGCAUUAACGUUCUAGGAAUCAUUACAUUCUGUACAGCGUUUGGUAUGAUGCUGAGUAAGAUGGGAAAGCGUGCCAAUCUAAUGGUGGAUUUCUUCCUCAUCCUAAACGACAUUAUCAUGCAGAUGGUUGUACUUGUCAUGUGGUAUUCCCCUAUCGGUAUUAUGUUCCUCAUCACUGGUAAAAUCCUCUAUAUUGAUGACCCUGGGGCAGUAGGGGCCAGACUCGGCAUGUACAUGGUGACUGUACUGACCGGUCUAUUUAUCCACGCGGUCAUCACACUCCCUCUCCUGUACUUCGCUGUGACAAGAAAGAACCCGCUGCACCUCUUCAAGGCCGUCCUACAGGCAUGGGUCACCGCCCUCGGAACAGCGUCCAGCUCUGCGACCCUGCCCGUCACCUUCCGGUGUCUAGAGGAGAAUAUGGGUAUCGACAAGCGUGUCACCCGCUUCGUGUUGCCCAUUGGCGCCACAAUCAAUAUGGACGGCACGGCCUUGUACGAAGCUGUGGCCCCAAUAUUCAUCGCCCAAAUGAAUGGAAUUGAACUGGGAAUAGGUCAAAUUAUCACUAUAAGUCUGACAGCCACUUGCGCCAGUAUAGGUGCGGCUAGCAUACCGAGCGCUGGUCUAGUGACCAUGCUUAUGGUACUAACAUCAGUUGGUCUACCCACAGACGACAUUUCUCUCAUCCUCGCAGUAGACUGGUUCCUGGAUAGAAUCAGAACCUCUAUCAAUGUGCUUGGUGACAGCUACGGUGCGGCCAUUGUCGCUCACCUCUCACAUAAAGAGCUGGCAGAACUUGAUGAACAGGAAGCCGCAUUAGCCGUGGAGGGAGGAGAGGUUGAAUUGCAGGAUUUGGAGGAUGAUAAUACGAUACAUCCCCCACCUAAUGGACCGGCCUCGGACAAGUCCAUGUACCCAGAAGUCAGUUAAUCACGAGGCAGCUAGGAUAUAUGGAAAUAUUGCAUUCAUGUUGUUGUCCCUCUGUGUAAAAUGGUUUGGCCUGUUCUCCCUCAGUGUAAAAUGGUUUGGCCUGACUAUAAGUCGAGAAUUCUAGAUAAAAAGUCUGUUGGUGUUUUUAAGUCUUCAGAGAUAAAAUGAUGUUUGAUACCAAAUGACAGGUUGAAGGCCAAUUAAGUGAAAACAGAAAGUGUUUAUCCUGUAAUAAGUCCAUGUCUGUUAAUUAGCCCAGUCUGGUUUUUAGAGCAGGCCAGUAAAAAUGCCAGCAAAUUUUACUGUCCUGAAUUUCACCCCAUCCUUUCUUUGCACUGGAGAUUAUCUGUUUGUCCCCUGGGCUUAUCGCAGGACAAAUGUGAUAUAUGAAACAAAAAUAAUUUAAUCUGGACUGACAGAUGUUGUGAGAGAAUUACCUGCUGUCUAAAUAUUUCUGUACAAAUCGGUGACACCCUCAGCCUCUGCCCCAGAGAUAAUUGCAAAUCUGGGUGUCUGGAACACUUGCUAACCACAAUUAGUUUCAAGAGUUUUCCCUGACACAGUUCAAUGUUUUAUCUGCUUAUCUCCCCUUGGAUGCAGGUUACAUGAUACUUUAUGUCCUUGGAGUAUUUCAAAGUCAUCUUUACUGGGGAGAUUAAAAGUCAUGUUUAAAGUCUCAAGGAGAAGUUGCUUUUUCUCUCCUGGUGUAUCCUGAAAGCAGUUAAAGCAAAAGCCAUGUUUAGUUGAAUCAGUUCCCAGAUACAACUACUGUAGAAAUUGUCUGCUAAACUUCCAUCCGUAGCAGUAAGAUAAUAAUAGUAUUAUUUGCAAUUCCUUCGUUCACAUCAUUCCAUAGAAUCUUGGAUCUUUAGUCAGGCCAAACAUUGUGAGAGAAGAUCACUGCAAAAAGGGAAGGUCUUUUAAGAGAGAGAGAGAACAAAAAAUGUUUCUGUACCGAGCAAUUCAAAAGAGACAUUUUAGGAUUGCAAAUUAAAAAAUAAGAUGCAUUUCAAGUUUCCUGAUGUAAUACACUAGAAAAGUCUAGCAGAACUGACGUGCAGUGUGUAUCUUUUCUGAAAAUGUGUAUUUUUUGUGCGAGGCAAAACAACAUCUUAUACAAUAUCUUCUACAAUUGUAUGUUUGUACUGAAGAAACAAAUUAACAGGCAUUAAAGAAAUCUAUUUAUAGGUAAACUUUAGGUAUACCCAUAAAUAGUUGUCUUCUCAUUAGGAAACAAUUCUUGGUACAUUGUACAUUAAUUCUCACUUUGAACAUUUUUAGUGGAAUCUGUACAGAAAAUCAACAAUGAUGUUUUUGUUGUUCAUGACAAAAGACUCACAUGUUUGUUGUUGUUUAUCUAGAGAACUUAUACAACUGUGUUGCAAUAUGAUUAAACUCAUUGUUGAGUGGACAUAUUUUUAAUUGAUCAGAAAACAUAUGGAUUGUGUGUAAAUACUUCAUAUUUCAUUAUGUUUUGUUUUUUAAAAUCAAUCCAACAUCUGCUUACAAUAUAUUCUGUAAUAUUCUGGCCAAAACUUUUAUUUUUAUUUUUUUUAUUAUAUUUUUUUUUUUUUUGAUCAAAGAAUGCAUAAUAGUAUAAGUAGGUACAUUGCACCUGUUUAAGAUCAAGUUUUGUUGUCACAGGCAACAGAAGAUUAUCUGCCCUUGUCAAGGGAAGUAGAACACAGGUUCUGACAUUGGCUAUUGUCUGAUAUUUGCCCUUCCUCACAAAAUACAUACCAGGGUAUAUGACAGAUGAUAAGUUAUCUCCCCUUUUUAUGGUCAUAGACCAAACGGAUGGAAAAAAAUCCGGAAAAAAGCUAGUUUCCAUUUUCUAUGGUAUUAUAUUAAAAUCUUGGUGUAUGAAAAAGGCAAUACAAGGUUAUCUCCCCUGUCUGGUGUCUAGGAACACAUGAUUUAGGACUCAAUAUAUCUUCCCUGUAAAGACUACUCAAGUGAAAGAGGGUUAUCUCCCCUUUCUCAUGGGAAAGAGGCUUAUCUCCCCUUCUCAUGGGAAAGAGGGUUAUCUCCCCUUUCUCACAGGAGAGAGGGUUAUCUCCCCUUUCUCAUGGGAAAGAGUGUUAUCCCCCCUUUUUCAUGGGAAAGAGGGUUAUCUCCCCUUUCUCACGGGAGAGAGGGUUAUCUCCUCUUUCUCAAGGGACAUAGGGUUAGCUCUCCUUUCUCACGGGAGAGAGGGUUAUCUCCCCUUUUUGGUGUCUUGACCAUUAUCCAUUUCAGAGUCUUGGAAAGGUUGCCUCCCCUGGAUUUUGUUGAUGGAAUUAUUACUUAUAGCAAUAGCAGUUAACGGCCUUUGAUAAGCGCAUAUAUUCGCUUCUUGGCCUCCUGUUUAAGGUCAAUGAAAUUAAUUCUUGGAAUAGCAAGAAUCUCCUUUUGUUCCAAAUGUUCAAUUUUGAGCAAUCCUAUCAUGAAAGUUUUUAAUACCAAACAUGUCUAAUCUCACAUAUAUUUGUUUUUAAUUUUGAUAAUUUAAUUUGAAAAAAAAGAGAGUAUUUUUUAUUUUGAGAGAACAAAAGAAGGAUGUAUUUUACAUAUUUUGUAAAAGUAGACUUAGGUAAUGAAGCAAUCUUUUGAUUUUAAUAAAUCCUUUUUAUUCCAUAACUAUUAUGUAUAUAGUAAAAUAUGUAUACAUACCAUUUCUCUUGGUUGUGGCUAUUGUGAUGGACAUUUGUUGUAACCAUACAUAUAUAUAUAUAUAUAUAUAUAAUCUUAUGAAGUGUAUGAUAAUCAUAGACAACAUAGUACAUUUAACAUAGAUUCAGUUGUUUCAAGAAAUUUUUCAUAUUUACAUAGAUACUGUAAAUCAGUAAAUAUUUGUGUGUGAUUAAUUUUCACUGUGUUCUUGUGUUGGGACAGUCGCAAAAAUAAAUCGCUACAAAUUGUGUUUACUGUGUAGGUAUUUAAGUAAAUAUUGAUAACUCAUUUCUUAGAAAAUAUCUCACAUUGAAUUAUUCAAUGACAGAAAAAUUGUGAAAAUUGAUUGCCAUGAUAAUGAUAAGGUAUAAAGUAUUGUAUACACUUGUUUGUAAAAGUUUCUUACAGACUCAUUUACAGCUUUGAUUCCACUGACAAUUAAAAUGAAACAAUUGCUUGUUGAUAACAAAAACUUUUACUUAUUAGCUUAGGUAUUUUGUAGGUAUAUCCUAACUUUUUUUAGUCCGAAUUUCCUCUUUUCCGCUACCUACUGACGGAAAACAUUACUGCUUGUCAGAGACCAAAAGCAAAAAAACUAUUACAUAUACAUGUACAGAAUUUAUGAUCAAAACUUAUUUAUACACAAAAUUGAUGAAAUAAGCUUCUAAUCAUGAAAUUUUUGAGUUUGUGAGAUUUUGUGUUAAUACAGAUGAGAAGGCAUAAUUUUUUACCAGUGCUUUAAUUGUAUUUUCGUACUUAUAAAAUCAUUUCCAUGUGUUAUGAGAUACAAUUUUUUAAUAUCGCCGGGUAAGUACAUAUUUUGUAUAUUUUUAAUAUGUUUUAUUAUGUUUAAGUGGUUACGAAGCUUUACCGCAAUGAACUCAAAUAGCAGCAAACCAAUACUCAUUUCAAUACCAGGGUAAAUUAUCAAACUUAAAAAGUGUAAUAAAUCACGCAUCUCACAAACAAGUUUUAAACUAACAUCUUUAUCAGCUUUAAUUCAAAUUCUGUCAACAUAGUCAUGAUGUGUGACAGAAAAGAAAAAUCUUGUAAAAAGAUACCUGUAUGUACGUUGUAUUUCAUUUUAUGUAAUUUGAAAUGUUUGUUUUACAUUUUACACUGACACAGGGAGCAGGAUUCUCUCUACUUUACCAUGCAAUAAUGUGCUGAGGCAUGCCUAGAAAAAAAAACCCCACUUUUACAUUAAAAACAACUGUAAAUCAAGUAUUAAAUAAAUUUUGAAUCAGCAUUA